CUGUCAGAGAGGAGCAGGUCUGUUUUAAGACAGGCAGCACUCUGCUUUCUCCCUCCGUAUAAACACAGACGAGCAGGCAACAGCAGCCCGGUAUUCCAGUGUCUUAGUCAGAGCUCAGACACACACACACACACACACGCUCACAGAAACACACACACACACACACACACACACACACACACACACACACACACACACACACACACACACACACACACACACACACACACACACACACACACACACACACAGGGGAGAUAACAGAGAGACAAAGCCAGCUAACGCCACAGCUGCCUCGGCUACCGCUGAUGUUUUAGCCCCGAUGGAGGGGAACCAUGAAGGGGAGCAUGUGCUGACGGGUCUUGACGAGGAGGCCAUCGUUGACCUCGGGAAGACCAGCUCCACCACACACACCAACUAUGAGACGGAAGAGCUGGAGAGCCACAGGGCGGUCUACGUCGAGGUCCAUGUGCCCCUGGGCCGGGAGAGCAAACGCAGGCACCAUCGCAGAGGCCACAAACACCACCGCAAGAGGCGGGAGCGGGAGGAGGACCAUGAAGAGGAGGACCGUGAGGACCCCACUUAUGACACGCCCUCCCAGAGGGUGCAGUUCAUCCUGGGUACGGAAGAUGACGACGUGGAGCACGUCCCCCACGACCUGUUCACCGAGCUGGACGAGCUGUCCUUCAGGGACGGGAGCGCCACCGAGUGGAAGGAGACCGCCAGGUGGCUGAAGUUUGAGGAGGACGUGGAAGAUGGAGGGGAGCGUUGGAGCAAGCCUUACGUGGCCACCCUGUCUCUACAUAGCCUGUUUGAGCUGAGGAGCUGCAUCCUCAACGGAACCGUCAUGCUAGACAUGAGGGCCACCUGUAUCGAGGAGAUUGCAGACAUGCUGAUUGACAGCAUGGUGGCGUCAGGCCAGCUGCAGGAGGAGCUGUGUCAGAAGGUGCGUGAGGCCAUGUUGAAGAGACACCACCAUCAGAACGAGAGGAAGCUCAGCAACCGCAUCCCGCUGGUGCGCUCAAUCGCAGACAUAGGCAAGAAACAUUCAGACCCGUUGUUGCUUGAGAGACACGGGGAGGGCCUCUCUGCCUCCCGCCACUCCCUGAAGCCGGGGGCCUCCGUCUCCAACCUGUCCCAGAGGCGAGAGUCCCGGGUCUCCGUCCUCCUCAACCUCCUCCUGCCUAACUCCUCCUCCUCCACCUCCGCUGGGGGGCCAUCCCCCGGACCCUCGCCCCUCACCACCCCCCAGAACACCCCCCCUACUCCCCGCCGCUCCCCAGACCCUCCCCGUGCCCCUGGCCCCGCUCCGGUCCCCCAGGCCAUCCCGGAGGUGGUGGUGUCACCGCCUGAGGAUGACGAGUCGCCACCCACCGACAUUACAAAGGAUGAGGAGGCGUAUACCAAUCGGCAACCGUCGCUGCAGACUAAAGGGCUCCAGCAGCUGCCCUUAGAAGGGCCACUGAUGUCCACGCACUCUGUCCCCAGUAACCUGGAUAGCAGCAGCAAGACUGGAGACAGGAGGCCCUCCAGAGCUGGGGUCAGUAAAGAGAACAGCAGUGUGGACUUUAGCAAGGUGGACAUGAACUUCAUGAAGAAGAUUCCUCCGGGCGCCGAGGCGUCCAACGUGCUGGUAGGGGAGGUGGACUUCCUGGAGAGGCCCAUCAUCGCCUUCGUACGCCUGUCCCCCGCCGUCCUCAUCACAGGGCUCACGGAGGUGCCCGUGCCCACCAGGUUUUUGUUUCUGCUGCUGGGUCCACACGGUAAAGGCCCUCAGUACCAUGAGAUUGGCAGAUCCAUGGCCACACUGAUGACAGAUGAGAUAUUCCAUGAUGUGGCGUACAAGGCCAAAGAUCGGAUGGACCUGCUGUCUGGGAUAGAUGAAUUUCUGGACCAGGUGACAGUCCUGCCCCCAGGAGAAUGGGACCCCUCGAUACGAAUCGAACCCCCCAAGAACGUCCCAUCGCAGUUGAAGAGGAAGAUUCCCUCCCAGCCCAACGGGUCGCCCUCACCCUCUGGGGAGAUGUUGAAGGAGGAGGACGAAGGCCACGGAGCUGGGCCCGAGCUGCAGAGAACCGGACGGAUCUUUGGAGGCCUGGUGAUGGAUAUAAAGCGGAAGGCCCCGUUCUACUGGAGCGACAUCCGGGACUCGUUGAACCUGCAGUGUCUGGCCUCCGUCCUGUUCCUCUACUGCGCCUGCAUGUCCCCUGUCAUCACCUUCGGAGGGCUGCUGGGCGAGGCCACUAAGGGAAACAUAAGUGCCAUAGAGUCUCUGUUUGGGGCAUCCCUCACAGGAGUGGCCUUCUCUCUGUUUGCGGGGCAGCCCCUCACUAUACUAGGCAGUACGGGGCCUGUCCUAGUUUUCGAGAAGAUCCUCUUCAAGUUUUGCAAGGACUACGGCCUGUCCUACCUGUCUCUGAGGACCAGCAUCGGCCUGUGGACGGCCUUCCUCUGCCUGGUCCUGGUUGCCACGGACGCUAGCUCCCUGGUCUGUUACAUCACCCGCUUCACAGAGGAGGCCUUCGCCGCUCUCAUCUGCAUCAUCUUCAUCUACGAGGCCCUGGAGAAGCUCUUCCACCUGGGGGAACACUACCCAGUCAACAUGCACAACGAGCUGGACAACCUCACCCUCUACUCGUGUCAGUGUUCUCCACCGGCCAACGCCUCCACUGAGAUCUUGCAGACGUGGAACCAGACAGGACACACACCAGACACUAUCUCCUGGAAGAGUCUCAACGUAUCGAUGUGUAACCUGCUCCAUGGAGAGUUUGCUGGUCCUGCCUGUGGUCACCACGGCCCCUACAUCCCAGAUGUCCUCUUCUGGUCCAUCAUCCUCUUCUUCACCACCUUCUUCCUCUCCUCCUUCCUCAAGGAGAUCAAGACCGAGCGAUACUUCCCUACAAUGGUACGCUCCACCAUCAGUGACUUUGCCGUGUUUCUGACCAUUAUGAUCAUGGUGCUGGUGGACUAUCUGAUGGGCAUCCCCUCUCCUAAACUCAACGUACCCGACCGCUUUGAGCCUACCUCCAAGCAUCGCGGCUGGCUGAUCUCCCCGCUGGGCACCAACCCCUGGUGGACCCUGCUGGUGGCGGCGCUGCCCGCUCUGCUCUGCACCAUCCUCAUCUUCAUGGACCAGCAGAUCACCGCCGUCAUCAUCAACCGCAAGGAGCACAAGCUCAAGAAAGGCUGUGGCUACCAUCUGGACCUGCUGGUGGUGGCGGUAAUGCUGGGGGUUUGCUCCAUCAUGGGCCUGCCCUGGUUCGUAGCCGCCACCGUGCUCUCCAUCUCCCACGUCAACAGCCUCAAGGUGGAGUCGGGCUGCUCGGCGCCAGGAGAACAGCCCAAGUUCCUGGGCAUCAGAGAGCAGAGGGUCACCGGCUUCAUGAUAUUUGUCCUCAUGGGCUGCUCCGUCUUCAUGACCUCCGCACUCAAGUUCAUUCCUAUGCCGGUGCUGUACGGGGUCUUCCUCUACAUGGGAGCCUCUUCACUCAAAGGCAUUCAGUUCUUUGACCGUAUCAAGUUGUUUGGUAUGCCAGCCAAGCACCAGCCUGACCUGAUCUACCUGCGCUACGUUCCCCUGUGGAAGGUCCAUGUUUUCACCCUGGUGCAGCUCACCUGCCUCAUACUGCUGUGGGUCAUCAAGGCGUCCGCGGCCGCUGUCGUUUUCCCCAUGAUGGUGCUGGCCCUCGUCUUCAUUCGGAAGCUUCUCGACUUUUUCUUUACCAAGAGGGAGCUCAGCUAUCUGGACGACUUGAUGCCCGAGAGCAAGAAGAAGAAAGAGGAUGACAAGAAGAAGAAGGAGAGGGAGAAACGGGCUUUAUUGCUCAUAGAAGAACAGGUGGGCGCGAACGCUGUGAAGGUCCAUUAUGACGGUGGGAACCUGCUCAAGAUCCCAGUCAAAACGUUCUCAGGGAGCUCAUGUGACCUCGGCAAUGUUAAUAUCUCUGAGGAAAUGGCCAAAAGCGGGGCGUGCAAAGCAGUGGCGUUGAGCGCCGACUUCGGCCCGUCUAUGAAGCGUAGCCAAAGCCAGGAGAAAGUAGCCUGUGUUAGAGUCAACAUGGACACUACCGAGGCAGGAGGAGAGAGUUCAGCCUUAGAGACUGCCUUGUGAUGGAGGAGACCUUGUCCUACAUCCCCACCUAACCCCACAGAGGGCCACCCUGGUACAGUGAGCAAGCUAGGACUUGAGCAGAGCAAUCAGACUGGUCUCUGGAAAAGAAGCCCCUUUUGUGGGUCUGCUGGGUCAACAGUUGAGCUCCAGUGACCUCCAGUGGUCCAGUGUAGCUAUGGGGGUCUUGAGGCCCCCCAGUGCACAGAGGACUGACUGCCCCGCAGUGGCGAGCACAUUGCCGGGACAUGAAUGAACCAGACUCACACUGCCUACCGAAACCCCGUGUCAACCAAUCAUUUCCCACCCACUGCCACAGAUGCCAAAGGAUGGGGCCUACCACCGUCACACAUAUGCGGAAUCUUCUUCAAUUGUUGUGUAUGCGUAAAUUUACUUAAUUGUACUAUAUAAGGUAUAUUUUCUCAUGUACAUUUUAAGUGAUAUUUUAUUACCAAUUAAGAGAUUCACACUUGCAUCCUGUUUUCUGGGGCACAUGUCAUAUGUGAGCUAUUCUGGUUUGUCUACAUUUUUUAAAUAAUAUAUAUUUCCUUUCCAAAAAUGUACUAAACACAAACCAGCUCCAGAAACACAUGUCAGUCAAGCCAUGGUGAUUCAAGUUGUUAUUUCUGUGAUUUUCGUCAGUGCAAACUGGUUCCAUCGUGACUUAACACGGGUAAUCUAAAUCUAAACUGUUGCAAACCAAACGAAGAAUGUAGACAUUCGGACGCCUUUACCCCCAUAAUCUUUCUUGCUUGUGAAACAUUGACAACGGUUGUAGUGGCGACAUCUUUUCACUGCCCCUGUACUGUAUCUGUACUGUAUACUCUGCAAGUUGCAUUCUCACUAUUGGUAUUGCUGCUCAGAUGAAGUUGUUCAACUGAGAAUAUUUCUUUGUUUGUAAGUAUAUGUUGUUAUGCUGUUUCUGUGCUUUCUGUUGUAUGUUUCUAUGGAACAUUUUCUGAAAUACUAAUUUUAAGGUUAAGAAAGUGAUGGGAUGAAUACUACAAUAAGCACUUUAGAUUUGUUUGCCAGUAGGAAUUAGUGCACAGGCCCGAAUUGAGUUAAAAACCAUUGAAUCUGAAGAUCCACAGAACUGUUGCUCAAAUGUCUAGAAAAAGUUACAACUUUGAAAUCAACAUGAUUUCUGAUUUGUGUGAAGUUUUUUUACACUCAUCGCUUGUCUAAUAGGUAAUUCACUAUUAUAACCUAUUUGUGUAUUAUUGUUGGAUUUAUUAUUCUCGGGACAAUUAUUUUUGGUAAACAGGAAAGUGAACAAAAAAGUAAUGUGCCGUUAGAUUUCUUCUAAAAGCAAUGAACAACGUUAUUCUGUGCAGUCAAAUUGUAUUCUCACAAUAUUGUACAAUUUAUGCUGUACAAGUUUUGAUACUUGUGUGUCACAAUGUACACCGUAUCAGUAGGUUCAAUAUUGCAGAUGUCAUUUUUAUGCUGAAAAAUAUUUCCAAAAAUGAUCUGUAAAAUGCAAUUAUAUAUUUCUCAUUUGCUUAGCACACAUGCUCCUGUUUUAGCAAUAAUAUACGAGUUUUCAGUACGAUACAAUGUCUGGAGUGAUGCUUCUAUUGAGCUGUCUAGGGGGAGGUUGUCAAACCCCAUCCACAUUGUGUGUCUCCUCUAUUGACUAUUAUUGUGUAGCUGAUUUAUACAGACAAGAGCUUACAUGCCUUGUGAAUGCUCUUUGUUGGUCUUUUAUUCAAAUUGUAGACAUAGUAUUAAUGUUCAAGUAGUACACACACACAUUGCCCAAAAUGCGUAAGAGAGACGAGCAAACUAGGACGGCAUAUCGACAGGCUGUUCAUAUCGGUUGAAACCGAAGUGAAAUAUGAAUGUAGUAGUGCUCUGAAUGUUUUUGUGAAAGUCACGUCCUCGGCAACCCGACAACCAACCUGAUGUAUUACAUGACAAAUAUGAACUCAUUAGUACACACUUCAUCAUACUAAUUUGUCAAUAAUGUACUGUAUGUGUUUGUAUGUCACAGAUGUAGUGUUUGUUCACGAAUGGGUAUGAAUUGUAAUUUUUGACAUGCAAUAUCAGUGAAUGUGCACAGAAUUAUUGUAACUUCAAUAUCACUAAUGAAAUUUACAGAAAUCUAAUGCAUUUCGCCAAACACCUAUUUUUUAACAAAAAUUUAAAUGUGCAUUGUUGUAAUUCGUUUGAACACAAUUCUGGUAAAAUGUUGGCUAUUUUAAGUCAUUACAAAUGUUGUUUUGGUAUUUGUGAUACUAUAUGUAUGCAGUAGGUACAAUUCAUUGUAGAACACAAAUGGUAUUGCAGUGCAAUGGAUUCCAUCUGUAUUAUAUGAUCUUUACCAUAAAUAAUAUAUGGCUCUGAUCUGUACCAUAAACAGGGUAUUCUUUAGGACCAUGUAUUACACUGACCUCAUUACUGCUGUCAGUCAAGCACAGAACAUUCUCCUGUAAUAUGUUGUUGAAUAUGAUAAGAACAUGUAGGAUGGAAACUAUUUUUUGUAAGUGUUGAUGGAAAGCAAUUAAAAGUAAAUUAAAUGUC